AUGACGACCCCAGCUCGCAAGCGUCUCUUAAAAGACUUUAAGAACCUGACACAGGAUCCUCCAGAGGGCAUUGCUGGUGCUCCUGUUGGUGACAACAUCUUUGUCUGGCACGCCGUCAUUUUUGGACCUCGCGACACGCCGUUUGAGGACGGCGCCUUCAAGCUCGUCCUGGAGUUUAGCGAGGACUACCCCAAUAAGGCCCCCAAAGUUCGCUUCGUCUCGCAGCUGUUUCAUCCCAAUGUAUAUGCUGAUGGCUCCAUUUGUCUGGAUAUCCUUGCUUCCAAGUGGUCCCCGACGUUCAAUGUAUCUGGCAUCUUGACCUCCAUCCAAUCCCUCCUUGACGAGCCCAACCCCAAUUCCCCGGCGUUAGUUUUCUGUUGGUGUGAGCACAUGUGA